AUGAGUCAGGUUAAGAACCUCCGCGCCAUGUUCGAGAACAAGGGCGACACGAGCCCGCCCGACAGAGGCCGAUCAUCUGGCGCCUCUACUCCCGUCCAAGGCUCAGGCACAGGCAACAGCGGAACCGAAUCACCUGUCCGGCCAUUGUCAAAAGUCAGAACAAGCUUUGUUGCCAUUGAGAAAGACGGAAGGAUAGGUCUUAGGAGAGAUCCCAGCCACGAAUCCAGUGUGUCACGCCGUCGAUUAAGCAUGGACACCGACGCAGAAUCUGUUUCCACUAUCCCAGACAAGCCAUCCGCGUCUCUUGAAGAUGCGCCACGCGCAAGCAAGCCUUUCUUCCAAGAGGCAAUCCCGGAGUCGCCGCGUCACCCAAUUGAUCCCCCAAAGACACCCACAGAGCAAAUGGGAGCUGUCACCGAUGAGCCCAGUGUCAACCCCGACAAGAAGGAAGACGCGGAGGAACCAUCACCUUCAUUGCUACCAGCAGAGCCUGUCGCAGUAGAGCCUGCUGCAGCUUCGCCAAAGAAGGAAAACAAGCCUCCAGCAGCUCCUGCAGGUCUCAAUGGUCAAGCUAAGAUCGAGGAUACAAAAGAACCAAAAGAGCCAAAGCAGACAGCUCCCAUAGCAAUUGCAAAGGCUAGCGCUCCCAAGAAAACAACCACUACUCGACCCAGCACCAUCUCCAUCUCCACGAAAGCCCCGAACACCAAGCCUCCGGCAAAGUCCCCUUCCGCGACGCGGCCGACACCAAGCACCACACACAAGCAUGAGCCCAAACCAGCUCCUAAGGCUGCUUCAGCACCAAAGAAGGAGACAAAACCGGCACCAAGGACUACGCCCACAGCUACACGACCUUCAGCGGCUAGCGCAACCAAGAAGCCUCAACCAUUGAAGCCCACCCCUAGCGAUACUCCUUUUGUAAAACCAAAGCCCAAGUCUCCUACGAAGCCUGUGCACCUCCCUGCUUCUCUCAUGGCCCCAACUGCAUCCUCCGGUGCCAAGACAGGUCGUCAGGUUCAACCUUCGGCCAGCUCACAGAAUCUCAGCGUACCUGCUCGCCCAGCUAGCCGGGCGAGUGCGACAGGAGCUGGCGCUAGUACUGGCAAAACCGUCAAGCGUCAACCUUCGAAUGUCGGCCGCUCACGGCCAAGCCUUGGCCCUCCUCCCAAGAAGGCCUCCGAUCCCGCUCAUCCCAAGAAGGAAGCACCAGUCGAUGAGAGCUUUUUGGCCCGCAUGAUGCGGCCAACACAAGCUUCAGCUCAAAAGACUUCCGAGAAAGUGCCUACCACGCCGCCCAAGAAGACAGCCAAACGACCAACAUCUUCAGGAGCCGAUGCUACACGCCGCGAGAGUAGCAUGAAAACUCCGGGAAGUGCCAAGAAACCUGCCAGAAAGCCAGCUGGACCGAAGUCUGUAACCGGCUCAGUCGCCUCAGACGAGGCCUCCAAGGUUGAACCCGUGGUCGAAGAGAAGUCACAUGAGCCUGUCAAGUCAGAAAGUCCUGAGGUGCCCCAAAUUAAAACCGAGGUACCCCAGACCAACGAUGCUCCUCACGACUUGAAGAAGCCCGAACCAGAGCCCGUUGUGGAGAACGCUCCCAUUGAAGUUGAGGAGCCUAUUCAAGAGGAAACCCAGGCCCAGGAUGAUCCCAAGGAAUCGAGCAAGGAGGAGCAGGAGAAGAAGGAAGAGGUUCACCCUAUCACCCCCGAGACGCCUAAAGAGGAAGAACCUGUCGAUGUUCCCGAAACCACCGCUACUGAGGAGCUCAUCGCCUCUCCCAAGAAGACCCCUGCUGAUGAGAUCGAGGAGUCCAGGGAGCAGGAGCUCACGGCUGAAUCUCAGAAGCCAAUUGAGAACGACGUUAUCGUUCCUCUAGUAGAGGAGGGCUCUACUCAACCUCCUGUUGUUGUCGAGGAGACAAAGGAGGCAUCAACCACCGUUCCUGAGCCAGAGACCACGGACAAGGCGAUCCCCUUGUUGGAGAAGGAUGCCGAGUCCACCGAGACGGAGACUGCUGAGAAGAAGGACAAUGAGACUGACACUACAAACAAGAAUGAUACCAAGGAAGACGAGAAGACCGCUGAGGCUGUUGAAGAUAAGGAUACCACUGGAGAGAGGAUUGACAAAGAGCAGAAGGAAGACGAGGAACGCGUUACCAAGACGGAAUAA